ACUUUUUUUUGCGUGAUAUGACAGAAAACUUUGCGUACACUGGCAUGCAUUUGGAAAGUUAUUAUUAUAUUCAUCGACAUAAGAAAAACGUUUCUCAACGAUUGAUCUCAAAUUUCGAAUAGAUCUCGGUUAAAAAAAAAAACGAUUUCAAGUAAUUGCCAAGUAAUAAAAACGCUAUAACCGUUUUAACGCCUGAAAUAUUAACCAUAUGAUUUUGUUCUCCUUUCCUAAAUAUCUCGCUGUUUUGUCUGUCAAGAAAGAUGCACAAAGAAAUUUUUCGAGUUUGUCAUAAAUGUCAUAAAUUCGCGCUUACGCAGAACGCAACGCUAGCUAAAUAUUGAACUAAAUGUAUAUCCAGUUUAUUUUGAUAGUUUAUCCGUCACGCAAAACGUAUAAUACAAGCAUUGUGUGAAGCACUUAAGGAAGGUCACGCUUAAUUGUGUCAGCGCCCGAAGAACAGUUGAUUGUUAAUUUGUUAUCUAUGCAUGUGUGCAAUUUGGUGUAAGGAAAUAUGUUGUUUAUAAAAUAUUCAAGAAUUUUAAUAAGAAAAUCAUCGCAAGUUCAUUCUAAAUUUAACAACUAUGUGACAACAAAAAACUCGUUACGUCGACUAUCCAGCAGGAAAAUUGAAUUUAAAUAUCUGCCAGAACCUCUCUAUGGACCGAAAUGGGACGAAAUAGAUAUGGCCAAGAAAGAAUUAGCGGAAUUAACGGGUGGCAUGAACAUGGACCAAUUGCAACAAACAUUAGAACCCCAUAGCCAUAAAACAAAUUCUAAGCAACUUACAUUACCAUGUCAAAGCAAUGAAAAAUAUUUACAAAAAGCACCUGAAGAAGACAAUUCCGGGAGCUUGCUACCUACCUACAAUUUAGCAGCUUACGUAAAUAAAUCUGACACUUUGCAACAAUUUCUAAAGCUCGGAGUCGAUUUAAGUCAUAUUGAAAGAAAGAAAGGUUUACCGGAAUUUGUACUGCGGCUUAGUUUUGAAGACGAUGUAAAACCUUAUUUGUUAUUUCUUAAGGACCAAAAUGUACCGGCUGAAAGAUUGGGAGAAUUUAUAACCAAAAAUCCUUUAAUUUUUAAAGUUAAUUUGGAUGAUUUGCAGACCAGAGUUAACUACCUAGACGCCAAAAGGUUUUCAAAAGCACAAAUUGAACGAAUCUUAACCUCAAAUCCUUACUGGUUAAUGUUCUCGACGCGACGCAUUGAUUGCAGAUUAGGAUACUUUCAAAAAGAAUUCAGGUUAGCUGGUGCAGACGUACGUGUUCUUGCUAGUAAAUUACCUAAAUUGAUAACCUACAACAUGGGCCAUAUACAAAAAGCCACCUUUAGUAUUCGUGAGGAAAUGGGAUUCGAUAAAGAUGAAAUCAAAUGUUUACUAUUGGCCAAACCUCGUCUAUGGAUAUUGAAACCUGAUGAUCUUGUUGAGCGUUUUGCAUACGUGCAUCAAGAAAUGAAUUUGAGCCAUCAAUUUAUCCUGAAAGUGCCCCAAGUUUUGACAUCGCGAGAAUUUCGUUUACGUGAACGUCAUGAAUUUCUGAAAAAGUUGGGCCGAGCCCAAUACGAUCCAGAAAAGGAUCUAUAUAUAUCUCCGAAAUCGUUAGUAGAAGGAAGUAAUUAUUAUUUCGUACGUAACAUCGCAAAAAGCGAUAUGGAGACAUUUGAAUUAUUUUUAAAAACACGAUAGUUUUCGUACAUCUCUGUGUACAUAUAGUGUAAUUCCGUGCGGGCUUAUGUCAAUAUACUAAUAAAUUUAUUUUGUUUUGGUGCGCACGACAAUCCAGAUUAUCCUUCCGUUGCAAUGUAUCUAUAAAAAUUUUAAGCUGAAGGCAGUACUAACUGCUUUAAACUAUAUCUAAUUGGAACGUAUUCUAAUUGUUUAUUUGGCAUAUUCUUCUUCUGCGAGUUAGCAAAUCAGCACCAGAUAAUUCAAUGUGAUGAGCACAAAGGGUUCAAUGCGAAUGCGGCAUAUUUUUAACAAAGUAUCCAAGAGACAACUUCUCAGGAAAUAUAUGUUAAUUGAAUUUACCCACUGAUAGUUGAAUAUAAAGAAUUGAUCUUUUAAAAAAAACUUGUAAACGGAAAAGAACUGAAAAUUAUUCAGCCCACUUUUUAACUAAAUAAAACAAUGCAUUAUUAUUAUUAUA